ACUCGAUAAUAUGCAUGGGUAACACGUGCAACGCGCGUACACUAAGACUAGUUCUCUAAAACAAAAAUGCCUAUGUUUACGCAUCGUAAAAAGAGGCUAAAAUCUAAACCUGCUCAUAAAUGGCCAGUCUAUGCAAACAAAUGCAUAUAUUUGAACCCAACAUUUGAGUGAUUGGCCCAUAGUAGCCGACCCCAGCUACCUACACUCCAAUCCAAAUCUCAGCUCAAGUCGAAUUUGGAAUUCCUCGAAGAUUAUAAUGGUGCAAUCUCAUCAGCUUCAGUACUAAAGCAAGUUCGAAAAAUCCCUCUCGUCGGAGACCGACAAACGCCGCCACGCCAUAAAUCGGAAAACCCUAUCCUCACCGGCGUAUAGAUUUUAGCACAUUCAAACACAAAAAACUCGGCGCGAGCUUAUAUGUUGAGGCAGCUUCCGAAACCCUAGAUUACUCCGAGUCUCCCUUGGGAGGCUGAAAUAAUCAGCAAAAAUGAGGAUUAUGAUAAAGGGAGGAGUAUGGAAGAACACGGAGGACGAGAUUCUAAAGGCGGCGGUGAUGAAAUAUGGUAAAAAUCAAUGGGCUCGUAUUUCUUCUUUACUCGUUCGUAAAUCUGCAAAGCAGUGUAAAGCUCGCUGGUAUGAGUGGCUCGAUCCUUCCAUUAAAAAGACUGAGUGGACUAGAGAAGAAGAUGAGAAACUACUUCACCUUGCAAAGCUCAUGCCUACCCAGUGGAGGACUAUUGCGCCAAUUGUUGGUCGUACACCAUCCCAGUGCCUUGAACGCUAUGAAAAGCUUCUCGAUGCAGCAUGUGCUAAGGAUGAAAACUAUGACCCUAAUGAUGAUCCAAGAAAAUUGAAGCCUGGAGAGAUUGAUCCUAAUCCAGAAUCAAAGCCUGCUCGUCCUGAUCCUGUUGAUAUGGACGAGGAUGAGAAAGAAAUGUUGUCUGAAGCACGGGCUCGGUUGGCCAACACAAGAGGUAAGAAGGCUAAAAGGAAAGCCAGAGAAAAGCAGCUUGAAGAGGCUCGAAGGCUUGCUUCCUUACAGAAAAGGAGAGAACUGAAGGCUGCUGGAAUAGAUGCCCGUCAAAGGAAGAGAAAAAGGAGAGGAAUUGAUUACAAUGCUGAAAUACCCUUUGAAAAGAAGCCUCCUCCAGGUUUCUAUGAUGUUGCUGAGGAAGACCGUCCUGUAGAGCAACCUAAGUUUCCAACUACCAUUGAAGAACUAGAAGGUGAAAGGAGAGUCGAUAAGGAAGCUCGUCUAAGAAAGCAGGAUAUUGCAAGGAAUAAAAUUGCAGAAAGGCAGGAUGCCCCGACAGCCAUAUUGCAUGCAAAUAAACUUAAUGAUCCAGAAGCAGUGAGGAAGAGGUCGAAACUCAAUCUUCCUGCACCACAGAUUCCAGAUCAUGAAUUGGAGGCCAUAGCAAAGAUAGGUAUUGCCAGUGAUCUACUAGGGGGUGAUGAACUCUCCGAAGGGAAUGCUGCAACACGUGCUCUUCUUGCAAAUUAUGCCCAGACACCACAGCAUGCAAUGACUCCUAUGCGAACACCUCAAAGAACCCCUUCAACUAAGCAAGAUGCCAUUAUGAUGGAAGCAGAAAAUCAACGAAGAUUGACUCAGUCUCAGACACCAUUACUUGGAGGGGAUAAUCCUAUGUUGCACCCCUCAGAUUUUUCUGGUGUCACUCCUAAGAAAAGGGAAGUUCAAACACCAAACCCACUCUUAACUCCUUCAGCGACUCCUGGAGCCACUGGCCUUACUCCUAGAAUUGGCAUGACACCUUCAAGGGAUUCUUAUGGCAUGACCCCGAAAGGAACUCCUAUGAGGGAUGAGCUACGCAUUAAUGAAGAAAUGGAUAUGCACAAUAAUGCUAAACUUGGGCAAUUCAAUUCAAAGAAAGAAUUGCUUUCUGGUUUGAAAAGCCUUCCUCAGCCCAAAAAUGAGUACCAGAUAGUCGUCCAACAACCUCAUGAAGAAAAUGAAGAACCACCAGAAGAGAAGAUUGAAGAAGACAUGUCUGAUAGGAUUGCAAGGGAGAAGGCCGAAGAAGAAGCAAGGCAACAAGCUUUACUCCGGAAAAGGUCAAAAGUACUGCAGAGAGAGCUCCCUAGACCUCCCAUUGCUUCACUAGAACUAAUAAGAAGUUCCUUAAUGAGAGCUGAUGAAGAUAAGAGCUCCUUUGUUCCUCCUACACUAAUUGAGUUGGCUGAUGAAAUGAUUAGGAAGGAACUUCUGUCUUUGCUAGAACAUGAUAAUAGCAAGUAUCCUCUAGAUGAAAAAGCAGAGAAGGAGAAGAAAAAGGGGGUCAAGCGAAAAGUGCUUGCUGAACCUGCGAUUGAGGACUUUGAGGAAGAUGAACUGAAAGAGAUUCAGUGUUUCUAUGUGCAUUUGACUGUUAAAAUAAUAUUUGGAAUACUCANUAUUGAAGCUGAUGAUGUGCCUGUGGAAUCUUCAGAGACCGGCCAGUGUUCUAAUGCAGAGGAAAAAUCUGCUUCUGCCGCUCCUGUAUCAUCAUCUGCUAUUGAAGCUGAUGAUGUAGCUGUGGAAUCUUCAGAGACCGGCCAGUGUUCUAAUGCAGAGGAAAAAUCUGCUUCUGCCGCUCAUGUAUCAUCAUCUGCUAUUGAAGCUGAUGACGUGCCUGUGGAAGCUUCAGAGACCGGCCAGUGUUCUAAUGCAGAGGAAAAAUCUGUUUCUGCCGCUCAUGUAUCGUCAUCUGCUAUUGAAGCUGAUGACGUGCCGGUGGAAUCUUCAGAGACCGGCCAGUGCUCCAAUGCAGAGGAAAAAUCUGCUUCUGCCACUCAUGAUGCAACUCCUCUGGACGUUGAGGAACAGGUGAAAGUGAUCGGUGACGACUCUACAAUGGAUGCUGAAGCCAUAAGUGAGAAUGUGCCUAUGGAGGGUCAACAUAUAGGAGAGAGUAACCAGGAUGUUACCAAAACAGAAGAUUCUAGAGUUGCAGAUGAUGCACAGGAUGUUACUAAAAUAGAAGAUUCCGUAGUUGCAAGUGAUGCGGGAAACUAGUAAUGUUCUAGUUUUGCCACUAAGAAAGUGAAUGAUGGUUCGCUAGUUGUGUUGUAAUCCCAUUUUCGUACAUUUUUGGAACAAAGUUGUACUUCAUUUCAAGAAUGUCUUGUAUGGUUGGAUGAAAAUUUGGAAGUAUUAAUUUGAACUGUGGUUGAGCUGCCUA